GCCCCAGCGCCAGGAAUGUUCCGGAAUCUGAGCUCACGCCCCCAUGUGCCCUUGCAGGCUAUUUACAAGAUGGUGUCCUCGGUGAUGAAGAUGCCGGAGGACGAGUCCACUCCGGAGAAACGGACGGACAAGAUCUUCAGGCAGAUGGACACCAACAACGACGGCAAGCUGUCCCUGGAGGAGUUCAUCAAAGGUGCCAAGAGCGACCCGUCCAUCGUGCGGCUGCUGCAGUGCGACCCCAGCAGCGCCAGCCAGUUCUGAGCCCGGCGCCUGCCCGACGGCAAGAGCGCAGGCCUCUCACCGGUUAAGCUUUGCUCGCAACAGCGGAUGCCUCCUCCAUCAUCCCUGCUACCCCGGCCGGCCAGGUGGCCCCGCACUCACCUGGCCGCCUGGAGCCGCGCCCCCUCCGCCUGGGCUCCCCCCACCCUCCCGCCCGC